UCCAGAUACGGCUCUAUCAGCGCACCGAGAUUCUCCAGAUAUAGCUCGUCGGAUGGACCGUAUGGAGAAAGACUGUGAUGAAAUGAGGACCAUGCUCAACAUGCUCAAAGCAGCUUUAGAAGAAAAACAUGAAGGACCAAGCCUUAGUUCGAGUCGUAGUCAGACACUGCAUGGAGGAGAGGCUCAAGCCACGCCAAAGGAUGUUAUUGACAUGCUACCUUUUUCGUCGAGUGAAGCCUUGCAGCAAUUUGACGAACUUCUCCAAUAUCUUGAAUAUCGAAAACCUUUGCUUGAUAAAUUAAAGCGCAUCGGAGGAGAAACACAUAAAGAGACAGUCCACAAUUGUAUGUCGGCCAUAAUUAGACCUGAGCUAGCAACAUCCCUCAGCUGGACAGGGAAAGGACCAGUAGAUAGGCCUAAUACAGCAAUCGGAUCCCUGAGACUGACGAAAAUAGUAAUGGAUGCGUCAUUUGAGUUCUGGAAACUGACAGACCACUUCACCAAGAAGGAGAUAACCAAAUGGUUGGCUAAAUGCAAGAGACAGUCCAGGAGAGUAGCCACACAGAACGACCAAACACAGUUGGUGCACUGAUUACCCUAUUAAUCUUCAAGUUUACUUCAUGCUGGAUGUUUCUUGUCCUUCUUUGACUUGUUUGAUUUUCAUAUUUAAGGAACUUAGACCAUGACAGUGUAUCAACAUUUUGGGGGGCAGGUUGUUUGAAAUACAUGAAUCAUUUCCUGUUUGAAUUCAUGUAUUGAAGAGGAUUCGUGAUGAGUAACGAAAAAGAAAAUCAUAUCUUUGUCAAUUCGACCAUAUUACAUGACAUGGCAUCCAAUAUUGUAGGAAAUUGUAGAAUUUGAAAUGUAAAUAUAUAAUGGUGUAAUUUUCAUAUUAUGCCCCCCACCCCCCGCUCCGUGAGACAAGCUGAUCGCGAUGUCAGCACUGGAGACCGGUAGUCUAAAGCGAGGAAACCAUUCUAUACUCAGUUGAAAGUAAUGAAGUUAUUGGCCCCUUUAUGUAGAUUCAGACUUGUUGAAUAAAACGUAUUUUUUAUGCCUUCAACAUGGCAAUGAUUAAUAAUUUUUGUAGUCUAAUGCCUGUAAAUUAAGGGAAGUAUUGGUUUAUGUAGUUAUAGUUGUACUAUUGUUUUGGUUUUGGUUGUUGCUUGUAGAAACAAAACAUGUAUUAUAAAGUAUAUUUAAGGAAUAAAUUUUACCACAUCCAUCAAACUUGACCAAAAUGUAACUAUCAUGGCGGCCAUUUUGAAUUUUAAAUGACAGCUGAUACACGUGAAUCCCCAAUAAUUUUAAUAAAAUGACACGAUCAAAUUUUAAGAAGUUUUUAUGUUUAUGUUAAUCUAGGAUGUUUGUAACCAGAGACAUGAAAAAAAUGGGUUCAGCUGUUUCGGCCAUAUUGGAUUUUAAUAUGGCGGCCAGUAACGUGCAUGGUAAAAUGAUCAACAAUUUCAGAUAAGAGAGAGUGUCCCGUUUUAGAAGACUUCAUUUUUUAGGAAAUUUAACCUUAUUAGAACAAGAGAUGAGGGUUUAAAAUACGUGUUCCAACAGCGGCCAGUUUGAAAUUCAAAUGGCGUCUGGAGAUGAGGUCAGCACAGUGGUAAUAAAUACAAACUACAAAA